AUGCUAAGUUAUAAAGUUUAUCAUGCACUACACCCAGGAAACAGUGCACAUGGAGGCAGUGCAAUAAUAGUAAAAGAAAAUCUUCAACACUAUGAAGAAAUCAAGUACGAACAACCAGAAAUACAAGCAGUGGCAAUACGACUAGAGUGUAAACAUUACCCUCUUACAAUAGCGGCUGUAUAUUGUCCACCUAGAUACAGUAUCUCAAAAGAAGAAUAUGUAAGUUUUCUAAGGCAACAUGGACAAAGAUUCAUAGUAGGAGGUGAUUUUAACGCCAAGCAUACUUACUGGGGAUCGAGACUGAAUAAUACUAAAGGAGGGCAAUUACUGAAAGCCAUACAAGAGUUACACUGUGAAUCUGUGUCUACAGGGAAACCAACCUACUGGCCUACAGAUCCAGACAGAAUCCCAGACUUGAUAGACUUCUUUAUCUGCAAAAACAUACCAAGUAAUGAGAUUAAUAUAGAAGACUUUAACUAUAUGAACUCGGAUCAUUCUCCUAUACUAUUAACAUUAUGUAGACGAAUGCUGCGUUAUGAGAAACGACCAAUCUUAGUUAACAAGUACACAGAUUGGGAUAGUCUUAGAUUAGACCUAGAUAACAGAAUAGAAUUAAAAGUUCCGCUGAAAACGACAGAACAAUUAGAUUCAGAAGUUAGACAAUUUAUAGUAGACUAG